GCAGUAGCGGGGCACAUGGCCACCCGCCUUGACAACGAUAACGACUCCGACGGAGCCGCCUAUCUGCCCCCUGUCCAGAACGAGCCAGUGGUGCGGCUGCUGGAGGGCAUGGUCGACUGCGACCCAGUGUACGAGUAUGCAGGGGACAACUACCUACCUGGCAGCCCUUCUAUGGACGUCGCCGAGCCAGAGGCAAGUGCCAGUGUCACAGCAGCUACAGGAGCAGACCCGGGUCCCCCCACCGAGCAGACCGUACCUGCUCCUGCAGCUGCUUCAAGCUGCAGCAGCGACAGGGUGGAGGCGACUCAGGAUGAAGGCAGGCCGGCCAGAGGGAGAAUGGUGCUCCUAGAGCAGGCUCUCUCAGCAGAGAACGACGUACGAAGUUCUCUGCUGAGGGCAGAGUCUGCCAUUCGAAUCAAGCUCCUUGAAGAGGAGCAGCAGAUGAAGGUGGCAGAGCACCAGAUGAAGGUGGCAGAGCACCGCGUGCGGCUCCAGGUGGAGCAGACGAACCUAAAAAUUGCGGAGUGGAAGCUCAGGGAGCUUCAGCAGGGAGGCGAAAAAUAAAA